AUGCCCAAGAAAUCUAACAGGCCGCUCUCAUACGAGAGUUUGAAAAGUGUGCUAUUACACAUGGAAGCUAAUCUCAGAUUCCGUUUAUCCUUCAAACUCCCUGGAAUCAGAACAGCUGAGAGAGCAACUCCGCUCCGAAUCAGCUCUCUAACUCUGAGCUAUUACAAUAUUGUUGUAGAUGAUAUCGAGUACAGUGUACUUGCCCAACGCAAGCACUCCAGUAUGGAAGUGCCUAAACCAUUCUCAUGGUAUCCCGUCACCUCUCGAGGUGCCAUUUGUGAUCGUUCGUGCCGCUUUGGUAACUAUGAUAUAAACUUUUACGGAGGACUGGAUUGGAUUACCGAGGAUGUAAUGACUCCAGGGGAUAUGAGGAUGGGGUGGUUGGAGACAGGAUUGAAUGAUCGAAAACGAAAAGAAAACGGAAAAACAAGAGGAAAACGGGAUCAGCAAUUGGCGGAGGACACUUUAGAAAAAAUGAUAGAAGAUGCUAGACGUCUGCCAGAGAACAAGACUUCGCCAGAAGAAAUCCUCAAGAAGUGGUACAGUACCACUAUACAAUUCACUAUGAAAGGACGGACUUGCUAUAAAACAGAAACCUUAACCUAUGACAAAAAGUUAACCGAAGCGAAAAAGUAUGUGGCAACUAGACUCUUUGGAAACAGAAGACAUUCAAUUAUAGUGCGCCAUUUCUAUUUUGUUGAGGAAGAAUCUGAAGUUGUUCGGUUGCCUUCUGGGUUCCUUCAAUUCAAAAUUCAAUCAUUGAAGACAUGUACCAAACCUACCGCAGUUUUGAAUUUUCUGGAGCCUAUUCUGGAUCCAGACAGUUUUCCAUUGAAGAAAAUAUCGAUGAAUAGUGCGUAUAGCGAUUUCGAGAGAGAAGAUUUUGAACACUCAGCAAUACAUAAUGCGAAGAAGUUGAUUUUUGGAAGAUUUUCGACGAUAUCAGUGUUGAAAAACCUUCAAAAUGAAUUUGUAGCAGUAGAGCUUGGAGACUUUACAAUUCAAAAUUUGAUGGAUCUUUUGAAUCAUUGGAUAGCAACCAAACGGAAAAUCGGAAGUAUUUUUCGAUGCAGUUACGAGAGGGAGGAAGAGAUCACAAGACUAUUCAAUUUGCUCCAAAAUCGUUUUGGUGUAGUACAUCAUAUUUCAGGGGAUAGUUGGGACAACUUCUCGUCACACAACAUGUGGAUCCCUAUAAACGAGACUUCGCAACUUCGUGUAUUCAGUGGAAUUCGGAAGACUUCCGUUUCACAAAGUUGGAGAGUCUACAUGAAAGUUAUUCAUAUUUGA